AUGUGCUUUGCAUGCGUAACUCAGGUUCACGGUAAACUAUCAACAUCAUCACCUUGGUGGCUAUUUUCGACAGCAUUCGUCUCCCGGCUUAAAGGACGUCCUCAUCUUCCUCGCGUCUCUGUGAGUCUCCCUGAAGCCAUGGCCGUCACGGUUGCUCUAUUAACUCUGCCUAUGUUCAUCGGCAUCGUCGUAAACUGGCUCCUUCUUGGAAUUCUUCUGGUGCAAAUAUACAUAUAUUAUGCUGCAUUUCCCCAAGAUCCAAACUGGGCCAAACGCGGUGUUGCGAUUGUUCUGUUCGCUGAACUUCUGGAAACAUUUUCCAAUUUUCAUGACAUGAUCGAAAUAUUCGGUCUUGGCUGGGGGGAUAUGGAGGCGCUGGACAGAGUGGGCUGGGCAUGGUUUAGCACUCCGGUGCUUGGGCCAUUUAUUUCAUCGAUUGGACAGGGCUUCUUUGCGUACAGGAUCUAUCUCAUCGGGCAGAGUGUCUAUCUUCCCAUCUUGGUAUACCUGACCUCAAUGUUACAACUGGGGGCGGGUGUAUGGGGUGCUGUCAAUAUGUGCAAGGCGGGUCGAUUCUCCGCAUUACAAGAGCACGACAUCUUGGUUCCGACAGCUCUUUGGCUGUCGUCUACCUUGAUUUGCGACUUGCUUAUCAUGUUUGGCAUGGUCUACAAUCUCCUCAAAUCGCGGCAGCGCGAGUUCAAUCGCAUCAAUUCCACGAUCUCCAAAGUCCUUCUGCUCACCGUGGAGACAGGAAUGAUAUGUACAAUUGUCGUGGUAGUUGACCUAUACCUCUUUCUCGCGUACAAGAAAACCAACUUGCAUCUCGCGACAUGCUUCGAGCUGUCCAAAUUCUACUCCAACAGCAUAUUACUGAUCUUCAACUCCCGAGCCCGGGUCACUUAUCCAGGAACACAACACUCCCAUUCCUCAAGCCAUGGGAGCAGCACAUCACGACCGGUGGUGGAAAACACCACAAUCAUUCGGUUUGCUGGCCCCCGCGACAACACGUCUGCAGCCACGACGACAUCGGAAUCGCUGAGUGUCCUGGAACUCGAACGGGAGAAGCAGUCAAGUUACGAUCUGCACGUCCCAAAAGUCGAGCAGCACGAGGAUCUUGUUGUCUCGCAUGCAUUUGCCGUUUAA